GUCAGAAACCAACAACUUAGUCUUUGAUCUGAGUAUGGCUCCUAUGGCCAACCAACAAGGACAUUCUUCUUCUUCUACUUCUUCUUCUUCUUCUUUCACUCAUGAUCUAUGGACAUAUGAUGUGUUUUUGAGUUUUAGAGGUAAGGAUACACGCACCAAUUUUACAGAUCAUUUGUACAAGGCGUUGUCCGAUAAGGGGAUCUACACCUUCAUUGAUCGUGAGAUUAUAGGAGGAGAAAAAAUCUCACCAGCCCUUCUCGAAGCAAUUGAAGAGUCAUGGAUUUCUCUCAUUGUAUUCUCUGAAAACUAGGUGGUGCUUGGACGAACUCGUUGAGAUCCUUCGAUGCAAAAGCUCAACGAAACAAAUAGUUUGGCCCAUUUUUUACAAAGUGGAUCCUUCGCAUGUACGGAACCAAACAAAUAGUUUUGGUGAUGCAUUGGCUGACAUGAACUGCAGAUUUAAGGAUAAUACGGAGAAGGUGCUAAGAUGGAGGAGCGCUCUUAGAGAAGCAGCAAGUUUGAAAGGAUAUACUUGCAAGGCGGGAGAGUCUGAAGCUACAUUUAUCAACCACAUCGUUGAAGAGAUUGUAGUCCUAGUGCUGAACCGCACAUAUUUGAAUGUGGCGAAGUACCCAGUUGGAAUUCACUCUUGUGUAAGAGCUGUGGAAAUGCUCUUAUGUGCUGGUGGGAAUGGUCGCCGAAUGGUUGGGAUAUGGGGGACAUCUGGAAUAGGCAAGACAACAAUUGCGAAAGCUGUUUAUAAUGCAAUUGCUCAUAAGUUUGAAGGGUGUUGUUUCUUGGCAGAUGUUAGAGAAAAUUCAAUGCCACAUGGAGGCUUAAUCCAACUACAGGAGACUCUUCUUCAAGAGAUUCUAGGUGGCAAAAAGUUGAAAAUUGUUAGUGCUGAUAAAGGUAUCUCUAUUAUACAUAAAUUGCUGAGGCAUAAAAGGAUUCUCUUAAUUCUUGAUGAUGUGAAUCAAUUGGAGCAAUUAGACAACUUGGCUGGAGUUGGUUGGUUCGGUGAGGGUAGUAGAGUCAUCAUAACUACACAAGAUAGCGGAUUGCUAAAAUGUUAUGGAAUUGAGUUGAUAUACGAGGUCCAUAAGUUAUAUGACAACCAAGCUCUUGAGCUUUUCAGUUUGAAUGCCUUUGGAAGAAAUGAACCUCCAAAUGAUUAUUUGGAACUCGUAAAACGAGCAAUAGCCUAUGCUCAAGGCCUUCCACUAGCUAUAACACUUUUAGGUUCCCAUCUUCAUAAUAAAGGUAUACAUCGUUGGCAAGCUAUAUUAGAUGGUUAUGAAGGAGAACCUUAUACAGGUAUACAGAAAAUACUUCGAAAAAGUUAUGAUGCAUUAGAUAACUCAGUGCAACAAGUUUUUCUAGACAUGGCGUGUUUCUUCAAGGGUGAAGAUAAGGACUAUGUGAUGCAAAUACUAAGUUCUAAGCACAAGGCUUCCCAAGAUUGUAUUGAAGUCCUGGUUGAGAAGGCAAUGAUAACUAUUCAAUAUAAUAGGAUUUUGAUGCAUGACUUGCUAGAAAAAUUGGGUAAGGAUAUAGUUCAUGAAGAGUGCCCCAUUGAGCCUGGCAAGCGUAGUAGAUUGUGCUGUUGUAAAGAGGCAACAGUAUUUGAAGAUCCUUUUUCAGAUAAUAAAGGGGAAUACGUUACUGAAUGUGAAGUUUGUUUUGAGAUUCCUCCAAAUUUAGAAUGGGAGACGUCAAGAUUGGCUCUAUGUGCUGUUUUCGAUCUCAUGACUUAUCAUGGUUGUCAGUUUCGCGCCAAGAUUCUCAUAAAUGGAAAACAGGUCAACGAGAUAUGGAUUUGGGCUGAGUAUACUAUUAAGUUAGAGGAAACUCAUGUGUGGCUCAACUGUAGUUCAUUAUUGGAUCCGAACAAGAACAUGGUGGAAGGACCGACGCGGUUGCAACAGGGUAAUAUGUGUCAAGUUAUAUUUUACUACCAAGGUGCAGGGCCAAGUACAAGGUGUGGGGUCCACCUAUUAGGCCACCAGGUUGGUGAUGUCAGUGAGACUGAGAUCAAGGGUGGAACCAUACUAAGGGCUAUAGUUGGCUAUAGCCCAGUGUGGGAAACUUUUGUUGGAGCUCAUGAGCAUACUUCUUGGGGUUGGUUGCAAACCCAGCCCAGCUGUGCAAGGAGGAAAACCUCAACCCGCUUGGCCUUACUUUGGCUGGCAAACCUGGCUAGCUAUUGCGAGGGGAAAAGCCUAGAUCGAAAGAGUGGAAACCCAUCUGGUUUGCAGAAGUUGGCUGGAAACCCAACUAGCAUGCGAGAGUUGGCUAGAAACCCAGCCGGCUUGCGAGAGUUGGCUGGAAACCCAACUAGCAUGCACGAGUUGGUUGGAAACCCAGGCAGAUUUUUGUGA